CACAAUAUUGAUUUCUGCUUCAUUUGAUAUAUUUGGCUAUCUGGAUCAGAUCAAGCAUUUUCAGAAGAUGGUACAUUCAAAGCCCAAGAAACAUCGGCCUUGAACCCCCUAUUUCUAGCACGUGAGAGUGACGCAGCCUCAGGACGUUUCGGCAUCUUCCGUUAAGGAGAUCUCAAAUUCCCAUACGCAGCGCAUUAUUUUUGUUGAAGACCACACACGACACAACACAACAUGGCGAUAGCAAGGCCAAUUCGAGUACUAGGCCUGGUGGCUGUAGGACUAUGGGUAUUCUUCUUAUAUCAGGUAUUUGGGCCUGCGAAAAUUCCCAAAGGGCCUGGGGACACUCUUGCCAACAUGGAAAGAGAUCCAAAUUUAGAUCUCACGGGCGAACCCGAGGGAGAAUUAUGGCGAGCUGAUAAGGGAUAUGGACUCGGUGCUGAAGGAACGAAUCGAAUAAAUGCGACUCUCCUUUCCUUGGUCCGAAACGAAGAGUUGGAAGGAAUGCUACAAGCAAUGAAUGAUCUCGAGCGAACUUGGAACUCGAAGUUCAAUUAUCCUUGGACAUUCUUCAACGAUGUACCAUUUACAGAAGAGUUUAAGAAGAAGACGAGAGAAGCAACCAAGGCGGAAUGCUUCUAUGAAUUGAUUCCAAAAGAGCAUUGGGAUGUCCCUUCUUGGAUCGAUGAAGAGAUUUUCCAAGAAUCUGCGAAAAUUCUCAAAGAAAACGAUAUUCAGUAUGGCAGCAUGAAAUCCUACCAUCAAAUGUGUCGUUGGAACAGUGGUCUAUUCUAUAAACAUCCUGCUCUCGAACAUACUCAGUUCUACUGGCGAGUCGAACCGAAAGUCCAUUUCUUCUGCGAUGUCGACUACGAUGUUUUCCGAUAUAUGCAAGACUUCAACAAGACCUAUGGCUUCACAAUAAAUCUUUACGAUGCUCCGCAAUCAAUUCCAACAUUGUGGCCAGAGACAACCAAGUUCAUGGCCCAACAUCCAGAAUAUCUACAUGAGAAUCAUGCCAUGCAAUGGUUGACGGACAGCGCCAGGAGACCUGAGCACAACAUGAAAGCAAACGGCUAUUCUACCUGCCAUUUCUGGUCCAACUUCGAAAUCGCAGAUAUGAGCUUCUGGCGGAGUCAAGCCUAUGAGGAUUAUUUCAACCAUUUGGACCGAGCGGGUGGAUUCUUUUACGAGAGAUGGGGAGAUGCACCAGUCCACAGCAUAGCUUUGGGACUCUUCGAGGACUCGAGCAAGAUUCAUUGGUUCCGCGACAUCGGAUAUCAGCACAUUCCCUACUUCAACUGUCCCAACUCGCCGAAGUGUAAAGGAUGUAUGACAGGACGAUUCACAGAUGGAGAAUCUUGGUUGAUGAAAGAAGAUUGCAGACCAAACUGGUUCAAAUAUGUCGGCAUGGGAUAAAUGCGUCGAAUUUUUCUUUGGAUGAAAAUUAUGGUUAUAUCCCUGUAUUAUGAUGAUAUCGGCAUGCGCAUUGAGCAUAGGCACGGCGUUCGUGGAAGGUCUAGGGAACUAUUGUAGAGUAAUAUACUUUCUCCUAGGGAGAGGAGUUGUCUGAGAUAGGAACAGCGUAUACGAUUAUAUCAAAC